UUUUCCUUUCAUCUCUCCUCUCUAACCCCCCUCCCUCUCUCCUCCUCCUCCUCCUCCUCUCUUGUGUUCUCCAGUGGAGAGUCGGUGAACAUCAUCAGCAGCAGUGUCACUCGGCGCAGCAACGACACGCAUGAAAAUGAUGUGUCUGCAGUGAACGCACUGGAGUCCAAACUAAACAAUGGGGAUAUCAUAGCGGCAGACAUUUAACCAGGAUGGACUUAACGGAUGCAUUCACCGCCAUGGCCACGGCGCCGGCCACUUCACCGCCAAACUCUUCUCUGGAGAGCGUCAACCAGACCUCCUCUUCCUCGCCGAGGUCUCCUCCUCUGCCUCCUCACUCGCCGGCGGCGUCGGUGCUCAUCGUGCUGGUGGUCACGGUCAUCAUCCUGGGCACCGUGGUGGGGAACGUGCUGGUCGUGGUGGCGGUUUUCACCAGCCGGGCCCUGAGGCCGCCUCAAAACCUCUUCCUGGUGUCUCUGGCUUCGGCGGACAUACUGGUGGCGACGCUGGUCAUCCCCUUCUCGCUGGCCAACGAGGUCAUGGGCUACUGGUUCUUCGGCUCCAUCUGGUGCUCCUUCUACCUGGCCCUGGACGUCCUCUUCUGCACCUCCUCCAUCGUCCACCUGUGCGCCAUCAGCCUGGACCGCUACUGGUCCGUCACCAAGGCCGUCAGCUACAACCGCAAGCGGACGCCCAAGCGGAUCAAGUCGAUGAUCAGCGUGGUGUGGCUCAUAUCCAUCGUCAUCUCCUCCCCGCCGCUCCUCAUGGCGCAGAAGGAGGAGGACCCGGCGCCGGGGGAGAGCGCCGCCGGCGGCCGGCGGCAGGAGUGUCUCCUCAACAACCAGACGUGGUACAUCCUCUCCUCCUGCCUCGUGUCCUUCUUCGCGCCGUGCGUCAUCAUGAUCCUCGUGUACUGCAAGAUCUACCGCGUCGCAAAGCAGCGGGCCUCCACCGUCUUCGUGGCGAAGAACGCGGUGGAGCGCCAGCCCUCGCAGUCCGAGACCUGCUUCGAGGGCAACGGCGGAACCAGCCGAAGGGAAGGGUCCGGCUUCGGCGGCGCGUCUCAGUACGCGCCGGAGAGCCCGCGGCCCCCCAACCGACGCGGCUCCUCCAACGUGGAGAGCAGCAGCAGCAGGAGAGACGAGCUGGACGACAUCGACCUGGAGGAGCGCGUCUGCGAGGCCGAGGCGAAGGCGUCCGCCUCGUUUCCCUCGGCGCUCCGCUUCCCCAGGAGGGCCGGCGGGAGCCCGAGGACGACGGCGGAGGAGGAGGAGGAGGCGGAGAGAGCGUCCAGCAGGUUGAAGCCUCCCCCCCACCUUCCCCCGGCCUGCGCCACCAUAUCGUGGGCGUCGUCCGAGAACUGCUCGCGCCACCUCCUCCUCCCGUCCCCGGUGGCGCUGCGCAGCCGCAGGACGACCCUGUCCAAGAACAAAGUGGCGCAGAUGAGGGAGAAGCGCUUCACGUUUGUCCUGGCGGUGGUGAUGGGCGGUUUUGUGGUCUGCUGGUUCCCGUUCUUCUUCACCUACAGUCUCCACGCGCUCUGCAGAGACAGCUGCACCAUCCCCGACACGCUCUUCAACCUGUUCUUCUGGAUCGGUUACUGCAACAGCUGCCUGAACCCCAUCAUAUACACCGUCUUCAACCGAGACUUCAGGAGGGCCUUCAAGAAGAUUCUAUUCCAGACUCAUAAGGGCACAUAAUGUCAGCGUGUGUGUGUGUGUGUGUGUGUGUGGGAGAGUGAGUGUGUGUGCGUGAGUGGCAUCGCACAGAAACCGGCACCCAGUCAAACACAAAUGUGUGCGCACGCAGUUUUAAUCCUGUUUUCCACUGUGCUGUCAUACCGACAUUAAAGGGCUUGCCACAUA